AUGCCUCACGCAACACCGAAGGCCCCGGAGGGCGGGGAAGAUACCGAUUUCGACGAUGUGAUGCGACAACUGAACAACUACGAAGAAAACGCCUCUCUAGAUUUCUUGUCGCGUGAGCUGGAAGUUGGUGAAAAAGCUGACGAUGCAAUCGACUACGAGGAUUUCGACGACGAUGAACUUCCGGAGGAAGAGGAGAUCUCACGCCCAGCCCAAGCUCUGCCUGCAGUGGACGAGAGUCAAGAUCCUUUCGCGAACCUGGGCUCGGACGACGCCGCUCUUUUCGGAAACGGCGACGAUCUAUUUGGUGACCAGGGAGAGGGGACCCAGACCCAGGAUGACAAUCUCGAUGACCUUUUUGGCGAAGGUUCUUUUUCGCCGCCUCCUGCUGGACAGGAUGAUGCUACCCGUGGCCUUUUCGAAGACGAAGAAAUGCCCUUAACAGAUGCCCCCGUUGAACUACCGCCCAUCCCGUCAGCCCCGGCACCGCAGCCAGGGCCACCUAUGAUGGAGGAAGAUGAGUUCCCGGAUGAUGAUAGUAUCUUGUCGGAAGACAUGAACCCUGUCGAACUCCGCGCUUGGAAACUUCAGCAGCAGUUGUUCGCCAUGUCAGGCGUUGAGAACCCACCUGCGCCGCCUGAGAACCACGAGGAACUUUUACAUUCCCUCUUUCCCUCAUUCGAUCGCAACACUCUUCCACGUUGGCUUGAAUUGAUUCCUCACAAGAAGGCCAUCUUCAUCGGAAAACAGCCGGCCAAGCCGCCUAAGCCUGUCUUGCCCACGAAAGUGAAUAUUGAGCUGGCGGCUGAUCAUGAGCGUACAUUCAGAACUGGUCAACCCCUGAAGCGUGGCCUCGAUCAUGAGAGUCUUGGCUUGGUGAUGAUCACACAGUCGGACCGCGAAGAUGAGGGGGAAGACGCGGAGGAGGAUACAAAGGAAGACAUCGAUCUGGAUGACGCGGAUGGAGAUGAAGUGCUGCCUGGUGGCUUCACCAUGCAGGAUCUUCGAACAAUUUGCGCGGACUGGGAUAUUAAAGAUGAUGUCUCCAGCAUUGACCCGGAAGAGAUGCCAUUGGCACAAAGAAAAGAUGGCAACUUGGAUGAGGAUGAAGCAGACUGGCUCAUGGAAACUGAGCUUCCGAAUAAGAAAAGAAAGACGGGCCCGGCUCCGAUGGAUGUCAUUGCUCUAUCACACAUUGAUAUCCCACUAUUGGAUGACCCAGAACAAGCUACAAUGAAAGUCGCAAAAAGAGUCACAAUUGACCUCAAUGAUCCGAACAUUCUUGUCGACGAAUUAAGAGUGGAUGCCGUGUCAAACAAGCCGAAACACGCUGCUCCUCGCACCAGGGAUGAAGUGGACCUGAAUCUGACACGCCGUCUCACCCAGCGUUACAACAUUUCGAAUGAUCAAGCAUACGAUAUGCUCAAACAGAAUCAUCAGAACAAGAUUCGCAGUACUCUUGGGAACGUGACACUCGAGCACGCUCUGCCAGCCUUGCGUUUGCAGUGGCCCUACUACAAGACUGAGUUGGCCAAGGCUGAAGCUAGGUCUUUCCACCGACCUGCUCUGGCCUUCCGGCCUGGGCAAACGCAUUGGUUUAAGACCCCCGAUCAGAAGAGACGCAAACAAUUGCGUGGUAAAGAUGCGAAAACUGUCUAUGAUUCCACAAAGUCAUUGUCCAUGGGAGACAACUCCAAUGUCUUGCUGGUGGAGUACUCCGAGGAGCAGCCUAUGACGCUUGCCAACUUUGGAAUGUGCAACCGUUUCAUCAAUUAUUACCGACGAAAGAACAUCGAUGAUCCCACUCGCCCAAGGGCGGAGAUUGGCGAAACGGUUGUUCUUCUACCCCAGGACAAAAGUCCCUACUCAAUCUUUGGCCAUGUUGACCCUGGCGAAAUUUCCCCCGCAAUCUCAAACUCCAUGUACCGAGCACCACUAUUCCCGCACCAGCCCAAAUCAACGGACUUCCUCGUGAUCCGCAACACCACUGGGGGUUCUGGUAGUGAAUACUACCUACGUAAUAUAGAAAAUUUCUACGUUGCCGGACAGCAAUUCCCAUCGGUUGACAUCCCCGGACCACAUUCACGCAAGGUGACAACUGUCGCCAAGAAUCGCAUGAAGAUGCUAGUGUAUCGUUUAUUGAAGAAGAGCCCGGAUGAGCGACUCGCGAUCAGCGAUGUUACAGCUCAUAUACCAAACACUACGGAUAUGCAGAACCGACAAAAGGUCAAGGAUUUCCUUCAACACGACAAAGACACUAAAUAUUGGAAGCCACUGGAUCCAGUUCUCCCUGACCAAGACACCAUCCGCUCGUGGGUCCAGCCCGAAGAUGUUUGUCUUCUGGAAUCAAUGCAGAUUGGACAGCAGCACCUCCACGACACCGGUUAUGGCAACGACGCGGAGACCGGUGGUGAAAAUGAAGAAGAUGAAGAAUUCGAGAGCUUUGAGCAGCAGAUGGCUCCCUGGAAGGCAACUCGUAACUUUUUGUUGGCCUCCCAAGGCAAGGCUAUGCUGAAACUUCACGGCGAAGGAGAUCCUACUGGCCGUGGCGAGGGCUAUAACUUCAUCAAAACAAGCAUGAAGGGUGGCUUUAAGGCUAUCGGUGAAAGUGUUGAGGAUAAGCUAGACGCGCAGCGACUGAAGGAACUUGGCGGCCACAGCUACAAUGUUGCCCGCCAGCAAAGAUCAUACGAAACAUCCAUUCGUCGGAUUUGGGAUGCUCAAAAAAGCAGCCUGUCCUCCACCAUUGAGCAUUCCGACCAGGAAAGCGACGUGGAUCAAGAAGAGGACUACCGGGAUCAAUUCAACAAACCAACACCCCGAUCCGAAGCACCAACACCUGGGCCAUAUCGUCGUGACGAUGAGACAACAAGUCAGUUCAGCAAAAUGAGUUUCAACAGCCAGCGCGGCAAAGUGUUGCGCAUCACCCGCCAGGUCAAGCUGGACAACGGCGAAAUCGUGGAGCAGGAGCAACACGUUUUCGAUCCCCGAGUAAUCAGGCACUACAUCCAACACCGUCACCACAACGAAGCCAUGCACACAAAGCUGGAAUCUCUCCAGCCUACAGGCGACCCAGAAGUGGAUGCCCGAAACAGGAGGUUGAUCGAGGCCGAGCUUGGCCGUCUCAACCGCAACAAGGAGCGUCGUUUCGCCCGCGAGAAGCAAAAGGGCAUUCCUCGCUCCGGCGAUCCGGACGGCAAGCCUGCUGGUACUCAGCGCAAGUGCGCCAACUGCGGCCAGGUCGGACACAUCAAAACAAACAAGAAGCUCUGUCCACUGCUCAAUGGCACCAUGAAGCCCGAGGAUCGUGUCACGGAUUCGGCCUUCUCGAUGAGCGCGCCGGUUCUGUGA